AUGGGCAAGAAUCUACACAAUUUCCAGUUAUUGGAUCUUCUUACUUCUGAUUCAAUAAGAAAACCAAUGCCAAAAGAAGUACAAGAUGAAAUGAAUUUUCCUAUAUCAGAAGAUGAUCUAAGAAGCCCAAGUUUAUUAAAUGCAGAACAAACCACUGCCUACAAUGAAAUUCUAAAUGUUGUUCUAAAUCAAAGACCCAAGAGCUUCUUCAUUGACGGACCUGAAGAUGGUGACGGCAAACUCUGCUGUGGAAUUUCAAAGCAAUCAGGCCUAGCUACUCUUAUGAAAAAAGCCGCUCUUAUCAUUUAUGAUAAAGCAUCAAUGGCAAAAAAGGAAUCAAUCGAAGCCUUGGAUUCCCUCCUACACGAUCUUACAGAAAAUGAUACAUUAUUUGGAGGAAAAGUCGUGGUUCUAGGAGGUGAUUUCAGACAAGUAUUACCUAUCAUACCUAAAAGAACAAAGAUUCAAUGCAUCAAUGCAAGUUUAGUCAGAUCAUACAUAUGGCAAUCACUCAUCAAAUUCAAAUUGAAGGAAAAUAUGCGUGCAAAGACUGAUCUAGCAUUCGGUGCAUACAUUCUUCGAGUUGGGAAUGAUCAGGAAAAGGAAAAUGAGGUUGGAGAAAUCAAAUUACCAUCAUCCUUGAUCCUACAACUAACCACAAGAACACCACCUUUAGAUCAGCUAAUCCAAUUUGUUUUCCCCUUGUGGUUUUGGAGAACAUCCUUUUAUGCCAUUCUCACACCCAAAAACCUAGUCAUUGAUGAAAUCAAUGAAGCAAUGAUUGCAAGAUUCCCAGGCGAAGAGUAA